GCUUAUCUCUCUUCACACUUCCCCUCCCUCUCUCCCUUUCUCGCUCGCUCUCUCGCUCUCACGCUCUCACGGCCUAAUUUAAGUACUUUCAAGCAUCGCUCUGCUCCUUCAUGGAUCCAAAACAAGUAGACUGCAUAAUUACUUGGGGCGGCAUUGCCACCCGACCGCCGCCGCCGCAGAAUCCAUCGCUCCUCGGAGGCAUCAACAUGAAGCGAAGUGCCUCGGAAUUAAAUUUGGAGAAGUUACUGACGGAGAUCAUCAAUACCGAUGACAACCAGAGCUUGAAAGAGGAGAGAAUUGGUGAAGUUCGAGUUCAGAGAACAAAGUUUAAUGGUGAAGAAGAAGAAGAAGAUGAAGAAGCUGACGAUUUUUUUGCCGGCGUUCACAAAAACUUGGUAGACGUUUGUGCCGGCGAUCUCAACUCUGGCUUCAGAGUCCGGAACACAUUAAAUGGAUUUUCAGGUUGUGGUGGAAUGACUGACAACUUUGUUUGGUCUCCAAAUCUCAAUCCAAGGCAAUCGAGCAUUUCGGCAACCAUGGACUCCCAAUCAUCGAUAUGUGCUGGAAGCCCUACAUCCACUCAUGAACCUACAAAUGGAGAUAAUCAAGUGCGAGGAAAUACUAGUGGUUCUUCCAGGGAACAAUCAGACGAUGAAGACUUAGAAGCUGGCCCUUGUGAGCAAAGCAAAGACUCCAUUGACUUGAAACGCAAAAGAAGGAUGGUUUCGAACCGGGAAUCAGCUAGAAGGUCAAGGAGGAGAAAGCAAGAACAUUUGGUUGAACUGGAGUCUCAGGUUGAUAAACUGAGAGGAGAAAAUGCUUCUCUUUACAAAAAACUUAAUGAUGCAACUCAGCAAUUCCAUGAAGCUGCAACUGAUAAUCGUGUGUUUAAGUCAGAUGUCGAAGCUCUCAGGGUAAAGGUGAAGUUAGCAGAAGAUAUGGUUGCUCGAGGAACCGUGACUUACAGUCUGAAUAAUCUUCUUCUAAACCGUUCUGUUUCUCCUCAACCAAUGAAUUCCAACAAUUUGUCCUGCAUUACAGAGAUGUGUCCAACCUCAGGAAUUCGAUCCGAUGGCACAUCGCCUUUCAUUGGAAUGUCGAUUAAUGGUCAAAUUGCAGCACUUGGAUUGGAUCAGAAUGGUGAUCAUAAUAACCCUUCUGGUAUUAUCAAGAACAAAAUUAGCACUAGUCCACUACCUUUACAGAGGAUUAAUGGAAGCUUGGAACUCCCACAGAAUAGGAUUGUUAGUGAUGCUUUGAAUUGUUUAUCAGAGAUUAAUUGGCCAUGGGAAUCACAAGGAGCUCCAAUGUCUUCUAAGCACAACUAGUCUUCGAUCUU